CGGAAAAUGGACAAUAGUAAAGUAGACGACGAUAAUCAGCGUAAUAUUAAUGAUGGGGAUUGGAUUUGCCCUGAUUCUCAGUGUGCUAAUGUAAAUUUUGCGAGAAGAAACUCUUGUAAUCGAUGUGGAAAAGGUAUAUGACAUUUGAUAUGAUAGGGGAGAAUGCCCUAAGAAAAAAAAGUUGGGGCAGGAAAUUGGGAAAGCGGCUGCAGAAAAAAGCAGAGGAUUAUUUAGCGCGGAUGAUUGGCAAUGCAGCAAAUGUGGAAAUGUAAACUGGGCUCGCAGACAACAGUGCAAUAUGUGUAAUGCACCAAAGUUUGGAGAAAUCGAGGAACGAACAGGAUACGGAGGUGGUUAUAACGACAGAGGAGUUGUCGAAUACAAAGAAAGACGAGACGACGAUGAUGACUACGACGAGUUUGGGCGUCGUAAAAAAAAACGAAAAACCGAGAACCGUUCAGACGAUGAUUCCAAAGAUUCUAGGUAUAGUAGCCCUGUGCGUAAUAAAUCUAAAACCGAAAACGAAAGAGACGAACAUGAGGAACGAAACGAAGAAAACGAAGAAGACGAAGAAGAAGAUGACGAAGACGGAGAUUUAUCGAAAUAUGAUCUGAGCGAAUGGGACGAUUUUGCAUUAAAGAAAAAUACAAACGGGAACACUCCGUCCUCGGAAGAGCGAUCAAGAGAUAAAGACGACUGGCGCGAUUCGGGUACAUCCAGUCAAUGAGAUGCUGCGCAGAAGGAAAGGUUUGACUUGGGUUUCGGGUAUAAAAUUGAUUGUGACAGUGAAUUGCAAUUACGCUAUUGCUUUAUAACUCUUCAGAGAGUGUAAUCUCUACUACAAUCUAUUGUAGACCAGUAGAUGUUAGAUUCUAAAAUGGCAUAGUCAAAGAGGAAGAUACACAGACUUAACAAAACCUGAGGGGAUUAAACUAGAAUUGCUAUUAAGUGAAUGAUCUUUUUACAGGUGAGAGGAAAUCCCACACGGACGAGAAUGUCUCGGUGAAACCUAAAGAGAUUCAUGCGACGCGAGAAAUUUAGUAAUUUAGUAAGCACCUUUGGAUAUAAAGUGAUGGUGGACAAUAUUAUGACUUAUUGCAAAGGGAAUCGAUUAACGAUAAGCUUUACAUUUUUGUGAUUGAACCUCAUAGCUUCGUUGACUCAAUGGAUGGAAAGUGAAAAUGUAGGUUACUUGUUCGCGCAGUAUUGUUUUAAAAAAUAUUGUAUCUAGUAAUGCGGAGAGUCGUAAAAAGUAUUUGGCGCAGGUAGAACGUUUCGGUAGUAAAGAAACAAAAAUCAGAAAAAAAAUCAUAUGAAAAUUGUAAUUCUAAUUAUAACUCUAUGGACGAUGUUACGCGACUCGUUGUACAAUUCUGCAUUAUGAAUUCGUAGACGAAAUCUUAUUUCUAAUUAAUUCGAACGUAUCAAGUAUUCGUAAAUAGCUCUAUCAUCGCCGCCGCAUCGUUAAGACUUCUAAUUAUGAUAUCACAAACGCACGACGCUCUGGUAAUCACGAUUUGCUUUAAGAUUGCCUCAAGCUGCUUCGACAAAAAUGAUUUCUUUUUCCAUUUCAUUCAUAGUUUAUUUCUGACUCUCUUUUUCUCUCACUUUUUUUUCCACUUUCACUCACUGUCUCUCUCUCUCUCUCUUUCUCUCCCUCUCUCUCUCUCUCUCACACAGAAAACAUACACGCACGCAGUCACUCACAUGCACACACUCUUUUUCUCUCGUUCUCUCUUCACGCGUAAAACACUAACAAUUAAAUAAAACGUAAUGUAGUAUUAAAAAAAGAAUCAUUCCCUAAUUAAUACAGAUAUGUAUUUGAUGUCUUCGGAAUGAAGAGAAAAAAGAUACAUGUUCUUGCUUUGACUAUCACAGAUCCGAGUAAGCUGGAAGCAGCCUGCUUAAUUGAAAGAUAUAUAAUGACAUGAUUUUUUCGUUUAACCAUGUCAAAGCCUGCGCUU